AUGACAAUUACACGAGUUUGGGUGAAGGAAUCAGCCGUUGAGGCUAUUCGAAAUCCAAAGCAAACCUUCAAACAAAAGAUGGCAAAGAGACCAACAAACUCAUCACAAUUAGCAUCUCAGUUCAAUAGACAGACAAGUCUUGGACUGAGUUCUACGAGCUCGUUCGCAUCAUCAGCAGCUGGUGAAGACAGUGCUGACGAUGGAUUCAGGUCAAAUACAAAGUGGGGUUGGACGAGUGGGAGUCUCGUCUCACAGACGGGUGACCAAAUGACAAUUGCACUGGAUCAUUUACCUGCAAUAGAAUCACCCGAGCCACUCGUUCUCCCCGCGUCUGCUUUGAGUUCUGGAGACGUACUCAUGGCCAAUGAAUAUGAGCAAUCCUCCAAAGGAAAACCACUCUGUCCUGAUGAUCUGAUUUCAUUGUCACAUUUGCAUGAGCCUUCUGUUGUUGAAUGUCUUGAGCACAGAUACAAUGAUAAUCACAUAUAUACAUCCACAGGGCCUGUUCUGUUGGCGCUGAACCCUUUUAAAAACAUCAAGGGACUGUAUGGAGAGUCAACAAUGAAGCAAUACUGGGGAAAAGCUGAAAACAAUACUACUGAGACUCUUCCACCUCAUGUGUACGCAAUCGCAGACAAUGCUUUUCGAAGUAUGAUGAGAAAGCUUGAUGAGACUCUUGGCGACGAAUUCCCAAUUGGUUGCGACCAAAGCAUCCUAGUCAGUGGAGAAUCUGGAUCGGGAAAGACGGUAACUACUAAAUUCGUCAUGAAGUAUCUUGCCGCGCUUUCGCAGCGUGCUGGGAAUCGGCCACCAGAGAAAAGAGCCUACCAAAAGGUAGCAGACACAAAAACACUUACACAAUCUGAUUCUUGGGAAACCGCUGGCUCUGAUGGAUCCGACCAAGGGCUGUUGAAUGUCACGAAUUUGAAUGGAGAGAAUGCACAAGAUUCGAUCGAAGGGCAAGUAUUGCAAAGUAAUCCAAUUCUUGAAAGUUUUGGAAAUGCAAGAACAAUCCGAAAUGACAACUCUAGUCGGUUUGGAAAGUUCAUUGAGAUUCAAUUCACACGCAUGGGUCGCCUUGUCGGUGCCCAAAUCGAAACCUAUCUGUUGGAGAAAGUUCGCCUCGUCAAUCCUUCAGCUGGAGAACGUAAUUAUCACAUCUUUUAUGAGAUGCUGUCAGGUUCCCUGAGUGCGCAAGAGCUACGAAGUUACUUUAUCGCUCACACCGCGACCGCUGAAGACUUCAAAUUAACUGGUACUGGAACCUACAAUCGCCGCGAUGGGAUUUCCGACAAAGAAACCUUCAGCUCACUUAGAUCGGCAAUGAAGGCCAUGUGCUUUCCAAAGGAGGAACAACGCGAUAUAUUUGCUACGGUUGCAGCUGUUCUACAUGCAUCGAACCUUACAUUCCUGGAUUAUGACCUUGAAUCUGCCCUUGAUAACGAGAAUGUUCACCUCGAACCUGUGUGCCACUUGCUUGGCGUGACACCUGAGGAUCUAAACAGAGCAUUGUGUCACGUUACUAUUUCUGCUGGUAACGAAGCCAACGUCCAACAGAACUUGCCAGUUGACAAGGCAGUGAAAGGGUUGGAAGCAUUGCUUAAAUCGACAUAUGGUACCUUGUUCACCUAUUUGGUUAGCCGCAUCAAUGAUUCAAUUUCUUACCAAAGAGAGUACGAUGAAGAUGACAACACUAUCUACAACCCUGAAUUUGAUCCAGUAGCUGUAAUUGGUGUUCUCGAUAUUUUUGGUUUCGAAUCGUUCAAGAUGAACUCUUUUGAGCAAUUGUGCAUCAACUACUGCAACGAAGCUCUUCAGCAACAAUUCAACGCCUUUGUCCUUAAAAAUGAGCAAAGUGAAUACGAGCGAGAAGGAAUUGACUGGAGUUUCAUUGACUUUCCAGAGAACCAAGAUGUCUUGGACUUGAUUGACAACCGAGGAUCUGGACUUCUGUGCAUUCUUGAUGAUCAAUGCAAAGCACCAGGAACAACCGACAGAUCAUUUGCACUAGAUGUUAUGAACAAGUGCAAGAAUCACCCGAGAUUCAGCGCAGAUAGAAAACAAACUGCUCGGCUUCAGUUUUCUGUUCACCACUACGCAGGAGCUGUUCAGUACAGCACACAAGGCUUUAUCGAGAAGAACAGAGACGAACUUCCAAAGGAAGCUUGUGAGCUGCUUCAAGCCAGCACGAAUCCAUUCAUUCGUCAUCUUGCUGAUAUUAUUGAGUUCACACGAACUCAAAGAGCUUCGAGCAAACCGAAUGCAUUGACUCGGCGAAAUGAUGCUAAGGAAACUGUAGGAGCGGAAUUCCGUCGCCAACUACGCGACCUGAGGGGGAAGAUUGAUCACAUGACACCGCAUUAUGUCCGAUGUCUGAAGCCAAAUGAUGAACUUGUACAGAAUCAUUUCGAUAGGGCAGCAAUUGCAGAGCAACUUCGCUGUGGAGGUAUUUUGGAGGCUGUGCGAGUAGCUCGAGCAGGGUUCUCAAAUCAUUACUCACACAGUAAUUUCGUUCGUCGAUACCGAACCUUGGUAUGGAAAGAGAUGAAAGUUUCAAUACGAAAUAGAAAGUCAACAGUUGCGGAUCCCUCAAGGGAAUGCAUGGAAGUGAUCAAGCACCUGUGUGAGAAGAUAAGCAAUGAUGACAAAGAGGACGCCACGAACGGAGAAAACAACAUAACUAUCACCCCUUCCGCAACUGUCAAGCAAUACACGUCGACGUCACCAGUCCCAUCAUGGUCGAAGAAGAGCCAGACCCCAGCCUCAAACCCCGAUGCAUUGUCGCUAAAACGGGGUGGUGGCAUGUCCAGUGAGCUUGCAACGCUUGGAAUCCAAUUUGGAAAGACAAAAGUCUUCCUUCGCCAUAACGCAUUCGAAAAGAUCGAACAGAUGAGAACCAAGGAGCAUUCCAGAGCUGCUGUGAAAUUGAACUCUGUCUUCCGAAUGUACCUCGCCCGUCUUGCUUUUGUGCAUGUUCGUAAUGUUGUUCGAUCUGAUAUGCACGACUUGAUGGCUUUUGAGAAUGGCCAAGAGGACACCCUUGAUGUUGACGGAAUCGAGAGGUUCAAGCAGCUGCGAAACUCAUUCAGCGGAGGCACGUCACUAGUGGACCUAUGGGCACAGCAGGUAAGAGGGAGUAUCCACAAUCCGAAACCACGGAACAUGUGGGGCCAAGAAGAUCCAGCAAAGUCGUUCAAAUGGAUGCUGGUAGAUGGUCUCUGGGUUAAGAAUCAUGAGACAAUAAGUGACGAAGAAGAAACAUACUACGAUGAAGAAGUGGGCUACGAUGGAGAAGUGGUCUACGAUGGAGAAGCGGACUAUCUUGAGUCCCAAUAA